UUUUCAAAAUGCUGCCUUCAAAAUUAAAAAGCAAGGUCUGGAGCUUCUUCAUAAGAAAUUCAGACGCUUCCGCCACAUGCAAACUCUGCAACAAGAAAUUAAAAACAACAGGUAACACGUCGAAUCUUCGCUGUCACGUUGAGAAUGUACAUAAAAAGGUAUUACUCGAUCAAGUUGAUAAUGCAGAAUGCUCCUCCAAAACUACGCCGCACUCGGAACCAACACGGCGAAAAAUUUCUGAAAUAAUUAACAUGUCACCAACCGCUGGGACGACAGCGUCAAGUCAAAAGUAUUUCUUAUCAAGAUGGCCCUAAAUCAAGGAAAAUUACUGAAGCAAUUGUGAAAUAUAUUAUAAUGGACAACAAGCCAUUUUCCACCGUAGAAGGAAAACGUUUUCUGCAGAUGA